AAAUGUCAUUUCACUUUCUUCAAUGAUUAUGGAGUGUGGAAUUAAAAGGAGUGACAUCUCUUAUGGUAGAACUGUUGCAACUUCAAUGUUUUGAAUUUGAAUCAUGGAAACUUGGAAUUGGAAACUUACUUGUUACUUGUGAAGUUAACUUUAGACAGAAGAUCAGAAAGAUGAGACAUGAAGAAGAAGUUGUUAUAUAUAAUGAACUGACUAUACUGGACUACCUUAACGAGGAUUGCUGGCGCGCGGUACUGGACUAUGUGCCUGUCAAGGACAUCAUAUGCUCCGAGCGAGUCAGUAGCCACUGGCAGAGAAUUGUGCUGCUGUAUUUGUCACAUAUGCGUUUUCUUAUAACAUAUAAAGAUCACUAUCAAUGCCUCGGUGUCCCGAUGGAAAUUCCAAAUGUCACUUCUUUUGAGGUGGAUAUAGAUGACUGGCCGUCAUUUCUUAGCUGGACUAACAAACUUGGUUCUUCGGUUGUAGGCAUUCAUUGCACUUGUUUGGAAACUUUGAAAACCAUCGGUCUAAAUUGUCCAAAAUUAGAAGGUUUGGGGUUAUUUUACCCUUUAACAGAAAAACUUUUACAAGACGAUGAGAUCAAAAACUUCAAAUUCCUGCGAAAGCUUGGUCUCACAUUUAUUGAUAUGUCGGACCAAUGUCUAAACCAAUUCAUAAACUGCACUGUGUUAGAGGAACUCUUCAUAUGUAAUAAUGAAAAAAUGACUGGUGAAUGCUUAAAUAAUAUGCGAUUGAGCAACAUAAAAUCCCUUAUACUUGACUAUUGCCCCGAACUUAAGUUACGUCACCUGGUGUCGGCCGUUGACCACUUCAAUAAGCUGACGAAACUUGUACUCGCCGAUCCUACCACUGAAAUACAUGAUAAUGCUAAUAUUUUGGUGGAUAAGUUGCCUAAUUUGGAAUACUUGCACUAUGUACAGAGGGAUGAAGAUCUAGAUUUUGCAUACCAUUCCAUCGGCCAUUUUUUUAAGUCGGUCUGUGGUCUAGGGAGGUUGAAGCAUCUUUAUGUGCAUGGAUUUAUAAAUGACUAUGACUUAGAUACUAUAACGCGAUGCUGUAAGGAGCUCCAUUCAUUGGAGUUAGAAGAAUGUGUAGAUGUUACACCAAACGGCCUAUGGAGCGCCUGCCAGAAUGCCGGGGAGCGCCUGACCACACUCAGCCUGGACGGUUGUGACGAGCUGACAGAUGAUGCCAUCGUAGCCUGUAUCCGUUCAUGUCCUAACCUCACGUCGCUCAGCGUGCGUAACAUCAGGGCGCUAACGCUGAAAGUAAUCUCGCGCGCAGAAGCCGCACGGCGCGAGGUACACGCACCGAUGCUACUCCGUAUCUUUGUACACGGCACCAAGCUGUACACUUUGAACUUCCCUGACAGGGUGGCGUCCGAAAAAGAGAUAAUAAUUGAUCACAGUUUACGGGAGAAGUGGUGGUGAAAUAAUCAAGACACAAACAUGUUCAAAAAGAGCUACUGUUAUAUAUCUUAUUUUGUAUUACAAUCUACACACAUAUAUGUAUAUGUAUCAUGCUUAUAAAAAAACUUUACCUUCUUUCACAUAUUUAUAAUAUAAAUAUACUCGUAUUUAUUAAUCUAAUAGUUUUUGA